AUGGGCGACGUGUCGGUACGUGAGACAGCGAUUCUGCACAAAGCAGGAGUACCUGAGGCGUAUGAUGCCUGGAUGCAGUAUGUUUGGAAGGACGGCGGCUUGAACAAGACCAUGGUCGCCAUGGCCCUCGGCUCCUUGGCUCUUGGCUCCUUUGCCUUUGGAUUUAUUCGCAACUUUCGUCGGAUGCGUCAGCAGAACGUCGAGGUUCAUGACGAGCAAGCCGUCAAGGCUGCGCUUGCCCAAGCCGAAGCCGAGGGUCGUGACUUGCGAGCCGAGGGAGUGACCCUGGCAAGCCGAGCCCUCGUCAUUGCCACAUCAAUGGUGGUCAGUGUAGGCCUGGCCAUUCCAGCUGGCCUGCAUUUCAUUGGUGGCUUUCAAACGGUGGGUGAAUUCAAUACGCGUGCUCGGCAGAUCUUUGACGGCAUCCGAAUGCCCCGAGAGACCACAGAGGAAGAGCAUCGCGAGUUUCAAAGCCUGGUGGAUAUGAUGUAUGAAAGCUUACCACUCAAAGCCUCAUCACACGAUGUAGACGCAGAAACAUCUCCCGAGAGCUCUCCCGCCGCCUCCACAGCGACCUGAGUCGCCGUAGCAGUGGUUGUGACAUGCACCAUCUGUAUU